CAAUAAUAUAGAUCAAUUUAUUUUUACAUGGUAUCAGAGCCAUAAGAUUUAGGCCUAUAUUCCUUUCUUUCCGGCGGGCAGCCGGCCGGCAACCAUACCUUCGCUGCCCGCUGGAGUUUUUCAACACCUCGCCGAAACAAACCCUAUCUAUUCAAUCUCUCAAAUUUCGAAAUCCAAAACCAACCAUGAGCUCUACAAUUGUAGUAUCACCAUCAGUGAAGAGCAAUCUCGGCAGAGGCAAGCCCAGAGCUUCAAAAUCGGUCUCCCGAUCUAACAAGGCCGGCUUCCAAUUCCCUGUAGGCCGAAUCGCUCGUUUCCUCAAAAAAGGCCUCUACGCCCAGCGAGUCGGCUCUGGUUCUCCCGUCUACCUCUCCGCCGUCCUCGAAUACCUCGCUGCCGAGGUUUUGGAACUUGCCGGGCACGCUGCGAGGGAUAACAAGAAGAAUCGGAUUGUUCCGAGGCACAUUCAGUUGGCUGUGAGGAACGAUGAGGAGUUGAGUAAGUUGUUGGGGUCUGUGACGAUUGCGAAUGGAGGAGUUUUACCUAACAUUCAUCAGAAUCUUCUGCCGAAGAAGACUGGGAAAGGAAAGGGCGAGAUUGGAUCUGCGUCUCUCGAUCUGUCGUCGUCUCCGCCGGGAAGGCUCGUCGGAUCUGUCGCCUCUCCCAGAUCUGUCGGGACUUCGCCUGCUCCGCCACUGGAUUCUCUCUCCAGGCCAUGGAUUCGAGCCACGUGGCCCUGGUGGCAUUACUCCUCAGAUCCGAGGGCUUCGAGUACCAUCGCUGUGAUCACAACAUAUCCAUGGGGAUGACUGUGAAAUGUAUGAAUAUAUAUAUCUGUUAACAGAAGCGACAUCACAUGGCCAGGCGUUUGUUAACAGAAGUCUGAAUUUGUUUCUCCUUCCAACAAAUACCACUUUCUUUGUGAGCUGUAAAUCAGAACCUUGAAAACCCACUUAAAAUUCUUUUUCUUUUUUUUUUUUUAUUCUUUUAUUCCAUCUUCUUUGAAAAGAAACAACAAAUACCACUUUCUUUGUGAGCUGUAAAUCAGAACCUUGAAAACCCACUUAAAAUUCUUUUUCUUUUUUUUUUUUUAUUCUUUUAUUCCAUCUUCUUUGAAAAGAAACAACAAAUACCACUUUCUUUGUGAGCUGUAAAUCAGAACCUUGAAAACCCACUUAAAAUUCUUUUUCUUUUUUUUUUUUUAUUCUUUUAUUCCAUCUUCUUUGAAAAGAAACAACAAAUACCACUUUCUUUGUGAGCUGUAAAUCAGAACCUUGAAAACCCACUUAAAAUUCUUUUUCUUUUUUUUUUUUUAUUCUUUUAUUCCAUCUUCUUUGAAAAGAAACAACAAAUACCACUUUCUUUGUGAGCUGUAAAUCAGAACCUUGAAAACCCACUUAAAAUUCUUUUUCUUUUUUUUUUUUUAUUCUUUUAUUCCAUCUUCUUUGAAAAGAAACAACAAAUACCACUUUCUUUGUGAGCUGUAAAUCAGAACCUUGAAAACCCACUUAAAAUUCUUUUUCUUUUUUUUUUUUUAUUCUUUUAUUCCAUCUUCUUUGAAAAGAAACAACAAAUACCACUUUCUUUGUGAGCGGUAAAUCAGAACCUUGAAAACCCACUUAAAAUUCUUUUUCCUUUUUUUUUAUUAUUUUAUUCCAUCUUCUUUGAAAAGAAACCGUUCUGCACAAACAUUUUUUUUUUUAUUCUAUUAAAAGCAUCCCCACUCUCCCAAUUCCCCCACUCAUUCUCUCUCUCCUAUUUCUACUUUCCAACCAACCAUUUUUUUUUAAUAUUUCAACCCACUCUUUCACCCCGUGCUUUGAGCAGUGAUUGAUUUUAUUUUUUUUUUUAUUUUUUUUAUUUUCCUCUUCUUUGUUCAAUUUAUUUUUUAAAAAAAAAAAAAAAAAAAAAAAAAAAAAAAAAAAAAAAACAA